AUGCUGAAGGAUAGAGUCCCGAUUAACCUGAUGUCAUCAGUCGUAGCCCCAGAAAAAAGCCCUUCCAAUGCUAUGGGUGCAAAAGAGGUGGAGCUGAUCCUUGUGAAGGAGCAGAAUGGAGUGCAGUUCACCUCCACCACUCUUGUAGCACCGACCACGACUCAGACCAGCCCCAGUGGUGAGGAGGAAAGGGAAACUUGGGGAAAGAAAAUUGACUUCCUGCUUUCAGUGAUUGGAUUUGCGGUGGAUCUCGCCAACGUCUGGAGGUUUCCUUACCUCUGCUACAAAAAUGGGGGAGGUGCUUUCUUGGUUCCAUACCUGUUCUUUAUGGUGAUAGCGGGCAUGCCUCUAUUUUACAUGGAGCUGGCUCUGGGACAGUACAACAGAGAGGGAGCCGCAGGGGUCUGGAAAAUAUGUCCCAUAUUUAAAGGUGUUGGAUUUACAGUGAUCCUCAUUUCCCUUUAUGUUGGCUUCUACUAUAAUGUCAUCAUCUCUUGGGCUCUCUACUACCUCUUCUCCUCAUUCACCAGCGAGCUCCCCUGGGUGCAUUGCAACAACUCUUGGAAUAGUCCAAACUGCUCUGACUGGGCUGACAACAGCACAAUCAGUGACAUUUAUAAGGCCACACCAGCUCAAGAGUACUUUGAGCGAGGGGUGCUCCACAUUCAGGACAGCAGCGGUAUUGAUGACCUGGGUCGCCCACGAUGGCAGUUGACUUCCUGUCUUGGUGUGGUCAUUAUUUUGCUUUACUUCAGUCUGUGGAAAGGUGUCAAGACGUCCGGCAAGGUUGUGUGGAUCACAGCCACCAUGCCCUAUGUCGUCUUGACUGUGCUGCUCAUCCGCGGAGUCACCCUGCCCGGAGCCACGGAUGGCAUUAAGGCUUACCUUUCUGUCGACUUCCUAAAACUCUGUGAUGCCAAGGUUUGGAUCGAUGCCGCCACGCAAAUCUGUUUCUCACUGGGAGUUGGGUUUGGUGUGCUAAUCGCCUUUUCCAGCUAUAACAAAUUUAGCAACAACUGCUACAGGGACGCCAUCAUCACGAGCUCCAUUAACUCUUUGACCAGCUUCUUCUCUGGCUUUGUUGUCUUCUCCUUCCUUGGCUACAUGUCAUACAAGCACAAUGUGGCACUGGAAAAGGUUGCAAGAGACGGGGCUGGAUUGGUGUUUGUUAUUUACCCAGAAGCCAUUGCUACUUUACCUGGGUCAUCGGUGUGGGCAGUCAUUUUCUUCAUCAUGCUCUUGACACUAGGCAUCGACAGUGCCAUGGGUGGAAUGGAGUCUGUCAUUACUGGUCUGAUUGAUGAAUUCAAAUGCCUCCAUAAGCACAGAGAACUGUUCACCCUCUUCAUUGUGUCCGCCACUUUCCUCAUCUCUCUUUUCUGCGUUACAAAUGGUGGGAUGUAUGUGUUUACUCUAUUGGACCACUUUGCCGCAGGGACAUCCAUUCUGUUUGGAGUGCUUAUUGAAGCUAUCGGUAUUGCAUGGUUUUACGGUGUGGACCGAUUCAGUGAUGACAUUGAGGAAAUGAUUGGUCACAGGCCAGGCAGAUACUGGAGGCUGUGCUGGAAAUUUGUCAGCCCUUGCUUUCUCCUGUUUAUGGUGGUGGUGAGCUUUGCAACAUUCAACGCCCCCAACUAUGGCACGUACACGUUUCCUCCCUGGGCUAAUGUGCUUGGAUGGUGCCUGGCCAUCUCAUCGAUGUCCAUGGUGCCCCUUUACGCCAUCUACAAACUUUGUAGCCUACCUGGAAAGUUUUGUGAUAGACUGGCUUAUGCCAUCACCCCAGAGACAGAACACCAUUUGGUAGACAAUGGCGAAGUUCGUCAGUUCACACUUCAUCACUGGCUGGUUGUCUGAAUGCUGAAGUGAAAAUGUAUAUGAAGGAAGGGUGGAUGAAUGCAUGCACAGCAAAGGUCUGAAAUAAGACAAAGAGGUGAGAGGAGGACUCAAAAGCAAGAGAAAUUUAAAAGUGCCAGAAAAAAAACUUGUAAGAAAUUAUAGUGUGAUUUUAAUUUCAACUGUGCAUGUGUAAAGCUGUGCGUAAACCCAUUUUGGUUUGACAUCAGUGAACUGGAAACUGGUACUGUGGUGUUCAACUUGCAUCUUCUCUGAAUACAGUAGUCUUCAAAAAGAUGCUGUCCAACUUUGGCAUGUUGGUCAUCUUCAU